AGAAAGAGGCGGCGAGGAGUUCGCAAUUGAGAUCUCCCCCAGACUCAUUCGGUGGUGUAUCCAGGUUGAUGUUUUGACUAGUCUCAAGAGUCAACUAACUAUAACUUUUGUUUGCUGAAAAAAUGGUUAUAUUUCAAAGGCGCGCGCUAAAAAGCCUGAUCCUUCCUAGUCCGUACUGGGGAGUUCUAACAGCGAGAAAAAGUUUUAUCCCUGAGUUUUCCUUUUGCCUCCUGCUUGGGGAUCGACGCGUUGGGUACAGUUCCACAUCAGGGAUCCCUGGUGUGAGAGAACGUACUCUUAUUGCAGUGAAACCAGAUGGGGUCCACCGUCGCCUUGUGGGGCAGAUUCUGCAACGCUUUGAGCGAAAGGGCUUCAAACUCGUGGGGCUAAAGAUGUUGCAGGCACCAGAGGAACUGCUCUCACUCCACUACCAGGAUUUAAGGAAGAAGCCUUUUUACCCUAGUCUCCUGCAUUAUAUGACCUCUGGGCCCAUGGUUGUUAUGGUGUGGGAGGGUCAUAAUGUGGUCCGGACAUCUCGGAUCAUGGUUGGAGAUACCAACCCUGCUGAAGCCCGUGCUGGUUCCAUCCGGGGGGACUUCAGCAUUCACAUCAGCAGAAAUGUGGUUCAUGCCAGUGAUUCAGUAGAAGGGGCUCAAAGGGAGAUCCAGCUGUGGUUUCAUGGAAAGGAACUGAUCGACUGGAACUGCAGUGACCACAAUAGCACAUACCAGGUUUGAGAAGCGAUGGAAAUAAAGAGUAAACAAGGUAGAAAGACUAACUCGGACAGUGGCACCAAUACCUACCUACUACCUCUUUAUUUGUCCUACUUGCAAUACUCAGCCCUAUCAACUGUGUGUUGCUCCAAUACCUCUGAGCCCCUCCCCUACUCAGACACGAGGAAGCAACUUAUUUCAUGUUUUGAAUAUUUGCUAUUAAAAACUCAAACAGAUUUCUUUAAAAAAAAAAAUACUAAAAUGUAUUGGG